AUGGAAGGCACUACACACGAGGCCCCCGGCAAAACCCCCUGUGGCGUGAAGCCCUUUUACUGGAAAAAAGGCAUCGAGCCUGCAGAGGGAAAGCGGCCUCCGCUCAUUCCCAACAAAAAGGAGACUGCAGAUGGCAUGGACAUCACCUGGGAUGUUCCGGUCACCAUGCGGGAUGGCGUCAAAGUCUACGUCGACGUCUUCCGUCCCCAGGGCGCAACUGGGAAGCUUCCGAUCAUCUUCACCUUCAGUCCGUACGGCAAGCACGGCCCCAAGACCUUCGACAUCUUCCCUGGUGCCGAUGUGCCCAAGGGGUGGAUCUCGAAAUACACUGUCUGGGAGAGCGUUGAUCCCGUGCCGUGGACCAAGAAGGGCUACGCGGUCAUCAACGGCGACAGCAGAGGGUCCUGGGGCUCUGAAGGCGACCUGGAAAUCUUCAGUCAACAGGAGAGCCGCGACGGCCACGACUGUAUCGAAUGGGCCGGCACUCUUCCCUGGUCUAACGGCAAGGUGGGCAUGAUCGGUGUGUCGUACCUCUCCAUCGUGCAAUGGGGCAUCGCGGCGCAGAACCCGCCUCACCUGGCGGCGUUUGUCCCCUGGGAAGGCUUCACCGACUUCUACCGCGACUAUACGCACCACGGCGGCAUCCCGGAGACCAAGUUCCUGCACUUCACGCAGUGGUCCUGCCGUGCCGGGGUGAACCUGGUCGAGGACCUGAUCGCCAACAACAAGGCGCAUCCACUACUCGAUGACUAUCAUCGUUCGAAGUGCGUUCAGGAUCUCAGCAAGAUCACGACCCCAGCCUAUAUCGUCGCCGACUGGGGGGACCACGGCAUGCACACUCGCGGGACGCUGAAUGGAUAUAGCGGCAUCAGCUCCAGGGAGAAGUGGCUCGAAAUCCACGGCCGCAAGAAGUGGCGGUACUUCUUCGAGCCCGAGAGUGUCCGGCGGCAGGAGGCUUUCUUCCAGAAGUUCCUGAAGGGCGAGGCCAGCGAAAUCGACAGCUAUCCCAAGGUCCGUCUUGAAGUCCGCGAUCGCGCUUAUGUUGGACAGUUCCGAGACGAGGUCGAGUAUCCCCUCAGCCGCGCGCAGUUCACGAAGAAAUACCUGGACGCCUCUGCGGGCAAGCUUCUUGAGCAGUCUCCCCGGACGGUGACAACGACGACAUACGACUCGGAGGUGCAGGACAGCUGCGCGCACUUCUUCCUUGACUUCGACCGCGAGACCGAGUUCACUGGGAGCAUGCGCCUGCGCCUCUGGGUCUCGACCGAUCUCGGCGACGACAUGGAUGUCUUCGUGCAGCUAGACAAGAUCGACGGCGAAAACAAGGUGACGCCGUUCGUUGCCUUUUCCAUGAUUGACGACGGCCCCUUAGGACUCGGGUGGCUGCGCGUGAGCCAUCGUGAUCUUGACCUGGCCAAGUCCACCAUCGACCGUCCGUUCCACAAGCACAAUCGACGCCUCGCCCUUCGUCCGAACGAGAUCGUCCCAAUUGAUGUGGAAAUCCUCCCAGCGUCAAACCUGUUCCACCGGGGCGAGCGCCUGAGGGUCAAGGUCCAAGGCAACGAUUCCUUCCGGCAUACUACCGCUGAUGUCGUCCAAUUCCACGACGACGGCGUGAACAAGGGCAAGCACACGAUCUACUCUGGAUCCGUGUAUGAAUCCUACCUUGUAGUUCCCGUUAUUGAAUAG